AUGUCCCAUGUUGAUCAAAUGCACCACGAAACAGCUUUAGAUCGUUGGAAAAGAUUCACUUAUGUCGAAGAUCUUCCAGACGAACUCGGCCCCUUCCGCGAGCUGCUGGAGGAAUACAGCAAAGUGCCCCCCAACGAAACCGAUGAAGUCCUUGUCAGCACGCGUAAAAAACUCUGGGAGGUAGCCAUGUAUCCAUGUAUUGGUCGAUGGAGCUUUCUCAAUUUGCGCAGCAUGCAAGACUCUCAUUUCAAGAUCGCAUUUGAACGGCUAAAGCAGCCGAAUGAUCUUGAUACUGGGUCAAACUCCAUAGAUACACUCCUUGAUAUUGGAUGUUGUAUUGGCCAAGUACUUCGAAAGAUGGUUCACGAUGGAAUCGAGCCGAACCGGUUGUUCGGUACGGAUCUGCACCCCGAGUUUAUUUCUAUUGGCACGGAGUUAUUCAAUGAUGAAGGGUGCGGCUUGACUUUCGUAGCUGGCGACUUGUUAAAUCUCGAGGACAAGGCUUUGGAUAAGUUGGAUGGCAAGAUCACACUCAUACAUGCGGCAAAUUUCUUCCAUUUAUUUACAUGGGAGCAGCAGGUGAAGAUUGGAGUGCGAAUAGCACGAUUUUUAAAACCGGGAACGACCGAUGCUCUGAUCUUCGGAAAGCUUUCAGAAGUUGUGGGAUGA